UGACAAUUUCUCCAAUCGCCGAUUCCUCUCUACAGUGUCUGACUCUGACUCUUUCGCGUUCCAUUUGAGUGAAUUUCUCUUCCCAGUUCUCUCUCUGUGUCUGAGUCUGACCCGAUCCUCCUGUGACGAUCUGUGUCACAAAAUCUGCAUGUGUACGUUGUCGAAUAACUCUCUCUUUCUCCCCUCUCAUAAAUGCACUUUUUAAGCCUUUGAAGCCUUUUUGGGAUUUUCACAACGACCCUCCAAUCUCUCUCUCUCUUCUCUUUAUAAUCACUAUCUCAUCACCCCUAAUUACGUCAAUACUAAUGAAUAUUAUCCAUAAAAUCUCAUGUUAAUUAAUUAUAAUUUUAAAUUACGAUUCCGCACACUCUCUCUACCUAUAUAGCCUUAAUGGUCUCUUUCAGUUAAACCACAAAUCAAAGCAACAAACGAGGCAAAGGUUUUGCUUUUUAUUGAGAUAGAAAGAAAGAGAGAAGGUCAUGCAUAUCUUCUGAUAUAAUCACAUCAAACAUUAGCUUUAAACCUACCCCAAUUCGAAUCUCUUCUCGUUUCAUCUUUUUUAAGUUUUAUUCUUUUUUUUUUUUUUUAAAUUAAUGGCUAGGCCAUGAAAUAUCUAUUUCAAUAGAAAAGGGAGAGUUUUGGUGGUCCUAGUUAUUAUUUUCUUCAUAGUUUCUGCUCUCUCUGGCCCUAGUUAUCAUGGCUGUUCAGGCACAGAUGUAUUCUGAGAGUCUCUGUCUCCCUCUCUCUGGUUUGCAAGAUUGUAUGGUUAAUAAUCCUGUUUCUGGGUUUGAAGCAGAUUUUUGUUUCGCUUUUCAAGACUCUCAGCAGCAGAAUCUCUUUCUUCAAUCACAAAGCUCUCAAAACUUUGGUUUUUAUUGCUAUAAUAAGGGGGCAGGGCCUUCUUCUUCUUCAUCACAAUCAACUUGUAAUAGUUUCCCUUCCAUGGCUCUUUCUCAAUCUCUGGAUGCUCAUCAUCUCGAAAUACAAAGGCAAGAGGUAGACUACGUUCUUCAGUUACAGAAUGAGAGGCUGAGAUCUGCUUUGCAAGACCAAAGAAGGCAACAACUGGCAAUUCUGCUAAAGAAUGCGGAAACCAAAGCCAGUUAUUUAAUGAGGCAAAAAGAAGAGGACUUGGCACAAGCAAGAAAGAAAACAAUGGAGCUGGAGACAUGCUUAAGAAAAGCACAAAUGGAGAGAGAAUCAUGGCAAAGGCAAGCAGGAGAAAACGAAGCAAUGGUCGUAGAACUAAGCAACACGCUAGAACAAGUGAGAGAGACACUGGUCUUGGGCAGCAGCAGUAGAGGCCAAGAUACAGAAUCCUUUUGCUGUGGUUCAUGCGAUAGAGAACAAGAGGACCCCCCAAAAAAGAUGGCCUGUAAAGGGUGCAAUUCUAGGGCCUCGUGCGUUCUCUUUUUACCUUGCAAGCAUCUCUGCUCGUGCAAGUUUUGCGAAGCUUUUCUCCUCUCUUGUCCCGUCUGUGAAUCCCUAAAGGAAGGUAGCCUGGAGGUCUUCUGGGCCUAACAAUUGAGGAACCCACAAAAGCCAGAAGCUGUGGUUAUUUUCUUGAACCGAAAUGAUGAUAGUAUGAGGAAAUGAUCUGUUAAUUCUGUUUUUUACCUGAUUUAGCUUAGGAGAAAGCAAAUCUGAAAUCCAUUAUUUAUUUUGAUUUUGUUCUUCUUUGGCUCACAAGAAAUGGCAACCAGCUGUAGUCA